AUGACAAGUCCACGUUUCUCUCCCGUGCCAUCUGACUUUGGCGGGAGAGCUCUAUCACCAACGCUAUCAGCAUCUUCAAGAACGACUACAUCAUUUCCAACGGAUAUGAGCGAUCUGUCAAGCUUGGAUGGAGAUGAAGACUUUGAAUUGGUGGAUGCUCCAAGAUCUGAAAGAGGUGAAAUCACCGAUGAUGACGAGGAUGUAUUGGGAAAUGAAUUGACCGAAAGCUUUGACGAUUUGGCCAAUCGCGGGUCCACCUUUUCAGCUUCAGGAAUGAUGAAUAGAUCUGUUGGAGUUUCAAGCAUACAAUCAUCACAAUUUGGCGAAUGGAACAACACUGCUGAUCAAGAACUGUUAACCAGAGGCGGACUGGAUGACAGCGAAAUUCUACCUUCUCGAAAUUCAUUGACAACUUUGAAGAAUUCAGAUUUGAUCAAUUCAUCAACUUCAUCUAGCUUACUCAGAUUUCCCGACCCUCUAGACAGUUCAUUUCAGCAAGUCACUGAUCCAGAUUCCACAUUCAUUCAAGAAAAGGUGCCUGAACGCUAUUCUCCAAGCAGUGGCGGUAACGCAGACGACGAGAAUGAGAUGGAAGAUCGUACGACUCUCACGGAUGCCGUGGGUGCAGACGCAUCUAGCCUUCAUAGCACAGAAGAAACACCGUUGCAACCAUCUGUGGAAUUCCCAAUAGAAAAGAAUGAAGCGGUCGUCAUCCCUUCUCCUCCCACCAUUCCUACUCCUCCAGCUGGAUUUCCAUUCAAGAUCGAUCGAACGUUGUUGGCAAGCAAAGCAUUUCGCGCGAUGGUCAGUCUCCUUGUCGUUUUGUUGGCAUCAGGUGUAAUGCCAGUCUGGCGCACAAACCCACCUGCAUUGCUCAACAAUCGAGCAAAUCUAAGCAAGCUGGCUACCAACACUGAGCAGCCCACGACUACUCCUUUCGCUCAAUUGAACAAGUCUCUUUCGGUCAUCUCUUCAAAAGCAAGCAAAGGAUUGAUUGUGGUUGGAAAGGCGUCACCGUUUAGUGGCAGUGCGAAGUGCAGUCCUGGUGUUCUAGUAACCACGACAAGAGAUGCAGCAUCCGUCAAAAGAAAGGCAAAACAAUCCGCGGCAAGACAAAUUUCAAAAGAUUUGACUUUGGCAAAGAAAGGGAACAGCGAGAUUAUGGUCUUCCAAACGGAUACCACUUACUCGUCCAAAGCAGCUGAAUGGUUCUUGUCUACGCCUGCAAAAGUAUCCACGGUUGACGUCUCACAUCUGAAGCAUACAUCUGCAUUUUAUCUUACUAAAAUUGACCCACUUGCCCGAAUUCAAAGACCUUCGCGUGCUGCAAAGACUCUUAUGAAUGGUUUGCACAAGCAAUGGUCGACUCUUUUUGAUGGAAUCACCGGUGACACGCUCGCUACUUUCUCUGCUGCUGUGUCAAAAGAAGCAAAGAUGAUCCAAACGGAAGCAGCAAAUGUUUGGAAAGAGUUCCAUCCACGCUCCAAGCAAAUGAUGAAUGCGCUUCAAAAGACGUGGGAAGCAUGGACGCUGGAAAUGAUGAAAGCAUACGUGAAGAUGAGUAUGAUCUUCCAUGAUGAGAUGGAGAAGCUGCAAAUUGAUCUAGGGAAAUCGUAUCGCAAAGCAUACCGUAAAUUGACAAAAUUCGGCAAAGAAGUUCAUCGCUUCACGGAGAGCUCAAAGCAGAAUGCAAAUCACUUUCUCCGUCAGGCCAAACCAAAUGCUAAAUUGAACGAAGCUUUUAUACAGCUAAUUGAGCUGCAACAUGCAUCUAUGAACUUCCAUCACUAUCCAGCCAAACUUUCUGCAAAGGCUAAAGAGGCAUAUGACAAGCUCAAAGCUAUUGCAUCGACGUACAAACUUGCCAAACCAGGGGCAAAAGGUGGUAAACGUGACUUCAAGACGACACUGCACAGACACAAAAAGCGUUCAGAACAUCAAAUGAAACGAUCGAUGAAAGCUUUUAGGAGAACGCAAAAGCGAGCCAUGCAUGCAUGGCAUGGUAAAAGAAAAUGA